UCAUUUCAUUUUCACUCACCACACAUUCAUCAACCUUUCUUCACUAAGUGUAAGUCUCUCUGGAUAAGAAUGUCUGCUAAAUGACUAAAAUGUAAAAUCUUCUCUGACGCUGUGAACUGGGCAAGAAUAUCUGAACAAAUCUGUGUGUGUUUGUUAACAAUUCUGAAACAAAAGCCUAAAUGUUUUUUACUUUACGCAGUACUCAAAAGUAUCAGUUAUAGAAAAAUCUGCCUAAACCAAAGAUGUUUUUUAAAGAUUACUGUUAGGAAGUUGUAGUUAGUCGGUUCUGUUGGUUAACAUGUUGUUUAUCUUCAUCAUGCCUGUUUCUUUGUUAGAACAACUGUCUCUUUCAGGAAUAAUGGUGUUUGGACCAAAUAGUUUGUGUGUGACUGCUGAUUCUUCUACACCGUUAAACCUCUGAAUCUGUCCUACACUUUCUUCUUAAUGGACAUGCUGUGAACUGUCUCCUUCAGGAAUAAUGGUGACUGGACCAGAUAGUCUGUAUGUGACUCUGCUGAUUCUCCUCCACAGUUUAACGUCUGAGUCUGUGAAGUUUGAAGUUCUUGGUCCAACUGAGCCCAUUGUUGCUGUGGCUGGUGAUGACAUCAUUCUGCCCUGUUACCUCAAACCCAACAUCAGUGUUGAGGACAUGACUGUGGACUGGCUGAACCUGGACUUCAUGGACGAACAUGUCUAUCGUUACCAAAAUGGAAGAAUCAUACAAGAGGAUCAGAUUCACUCCUACAGAGGAAGAACAUCACUGUUUAUAGAGGAACUGUGGAGGGGAAACACAUCUUUAAAACUGACCAGGGUACAAGGGAAUGAUGAGGGACGUUACAAAUGCUUUAUUAAGUCAAACAACUGGUAUGAUGAUGUUAGUGUUCAAGUUCUUGUUAAAGCUGUAGGAUCCAGGCCAGUGGUGUCAAUUGAAGGACACAGAGAGGGAGGGAUUGGUUUGGUGUGUCAAUCUGAAGGCUGGUACCCUGAACAUGAUCUGGUGUGGCUGGACAGUAAAGGAGUUAGUCUCUCUGCUGGACCUCCUGAGACACACAGAGACUUAAAGGGAUUCUACACAAUCAAACAACAUGUCAUUGUCCAGGAGACUGACACCAACCUCUUUACCUGUAGAGUCUUACAGAUACAAAUCAAUGAGGAGGUGGAGACAGAGGUUCACAUCCCUAGUGAGUAAAAC